CCUCGGCUACCGUUGGUCUACAGCGUAUCGGUAAAUUUGAGAGUCGGAAAGAAAUAUCUAUAGAAACUAUCGAACGAAGACAUUAAUUUUGUGUACGACUAACUGCCUUACUUGCGAACUACGAUAUAACAACGUCUGAUGUGUGUUUUUUUUUUUACGGUAGUUCGAGUGAUGAUCGUUUAGACACACAUGGUUCUGGUGGCGCACAUGUUUCUAGUAGUCGCUACUGAUCGGCGUGUUUUCGUUCUACGUGGGUAGACCCUAUUUUUUCCAGGGAUCAAAAAUCAAAAUAAUUAAUAGAAUAGCAGCUUUAAAUAACAGGAAAAAUGUCUCAGCUACAAGCGAGAUUCUUCACAGAAAAUGAAAAGUAUAAAAUCGAUGACGUCCCGUUCUCCAUCCCAGCAUCGUCGGAGGUAAAGGAUCUUAGUGACAUCAUUAACAAGCUGCUCGAAGGGAAAUACGCUGCCCACAGCCAUGUUGACUUUGACUUCUUGGUCAGAGGACAGUUCCUUCGCAUGCCGUUGGUUGACCACAUGGAAGCCGAGGGCAUCACAACAGAAGAGGUGGUGGAGAUUGAGUAUGUGCAGAGAUUCACGGCUCCUGAGCCUGAGGAGUGCAUUAUGCACGACGACUGGAUCAGCUCCGUGGAGGCCGACAUGGAGUGGAUCCUGACCGGCUCCUACGAUAAGACUGCGCGGAUCUGGUCGCCGGAGGGGAACGCUGUAAUGACCGUGGCGGGUCACGGGGACGUGGUGAAGGACGUUGCCUGGGUGAAGAGAGACGGGCUGACUUCCCUGCUGCUCACCGCCUCCCUGGACCAGACAGUGGUGCUGUGGGAGUGGAGCUCGGAGCCAAACAAACUCAAAGCCCGCCAUUGCUGUCGGGGGCACGCCGGCAGUGUGGACUCCGUCGCUGUCGACCCCACGCAGACCAAGUUCUGCAGUGGCUCCUGGGAUAAAAUGCUCAAGAUCUGGUCUGCAGUCCCCACAGACAAAGAGGACGAGUACCAGGAGAUGCCGGACAGACCACGGAAAAAGCAGAAAACCGAGACGCUGGGUCUGACUCGAACCCCCCUGAUGACUCUGUCUGGACACACUGAGGCGGUCUCGUCCGUGCUGUGGUGUGACAGCGAGCAGGUCUGUAGUGCAUCCUGGGAUCACACCAUCCGGCUGUGGGACCCAGAGACCGGGAGCCUGAAGUCCACUCUGACUGGCAGCAAGGUGUUCAACUGCAUUUCGUACUCCCCGCUGUGCCGGCGGCUGGCCUCCGGGAGCGCUGACCGCCACGUCCGGCUGUGGGACCCUCGUUCCAAAGAUGGAUCCCUGGUGCUGCUCUCCCUCACGUCGCACACGGGCUGGGUGACGGCGGUGCAGUGGUCUCCUACGCACGAGCAGCAGCUAGUGUCCGGGUCCCUGGACUGCAUGGUCAAACUCUGGGACACUCGGAGCUGUAAGGCUCCCUUGUAUGACCUGGCAGCUCAUGAAGAUAAAGUGUUCUGUGUGGACUGGAGGGAAGAUGGGCUUCUGCUGAGCGGGGGGGCGGACAACAAGCUCUACACCUACAGAUACUCGUCCUACGUGUCUGGUGCUGGGGCAUAACUGGGCUCCACAACGGGCCGCUCGGCCAAACGGGGUGCGUGGGAUACUGGGGGAUCCAUCUAUAAAUGAAAGUGUUAUUUUUAUGGUCAUUUUAACUCGUAAUGAUUCACUGAAUAUUGUUACUGAUUGUAUGAUGAAAGAAUUAAAAAUGUUAAAAAGGUU